GGCCUGAAGGAAAAGACUUGUGGAACAGGAAACAUAACAAGGCUUCUGGAGAUUAUAGAUGUUAUGGAGCAGCGUAAUGCAGCAGAAUGCCUGGAGAUGAUUUUACGUAAAGUCAGCCCAAAGGCCUCUGAGGUUUUCCAAGGACAGCUGAGACACACAACAAAAUGCAAAUCCAAAAAACACAUCAUCAAUGAAGAGACAAAUCCAUUCUGGACUCUUCCACUGUCACUGAAAGACACUGAUGGUACACUCUACGACGUGGAAAGUAGCUUCCAAAGGACUUUCCAGAAAGAAGACUUGAAAGGAAACAAUGUGUACUGCAAAGAAUGUCAAAAGAAAACAGAUGCAACAAAAGAAUGUGAGAUGGUGGAAGAUCCUCAGAUUUUGACUUUACUCCUCAAGAGAUUUGACUUUGACUACAACACCACAUCAAUUGUCAAAUCAGACUGCUUUGUGAAAGUGCCACGAGAACUCCAGACGAAGAAGAAGACAUACAGUCUGUAUGGGGUGGUGGAUCACAUGGGCAGUCUCAGUGGGGGACAUUACACAGCCACCAUCCUGUCUGAUGAGGACCAAAACUGGUAUGAGUUUGAUGACGAUCGAGUCAGAAAGGCUCAAGAACCACCAAACAGCUCCCAGACUGCAUAUCUUCUCAUGUACAGAGGUAGGAUUACAGACAUAUAG